AUGAUAGUGAGCGCUAUUCAAUUCCGUACAUGCUCGUCUAAAUUUCACCCAGAUAGGCCAUGUAGCCGCUGUAUUAAGCGGGGGUUAGCGGACCAGUGCAGGGAUGGACAUCGGAAGAAGCCAAAAUAUAUCUUGGAGGAUGAUUUUCAAUCAAAUUCUGCUAAUUCUGAGUUUAACGUGCUUAAUGAGCUCAUUGGCACACUACAGCCUGGUACAUUACAGCAGCCAACACUAGGAAAUGAUUUAACUGAUAAUACAUUGGAUACUCAAUUACCUUACUCAAACUCAACAGAGAAUACAAAUGUUUACUCACAAAUCACUCAACCAUACCCAUAUGAAAUUGGAUAUAAACACCUAAUCAAUUACCUCAAGUUUAAUGAAAAUUUCACUCAAAACGAUAAGCUUAGAAUUUUCAAAGCUAUCUCAGAAUUCAGACCUUCCCUUUUAUCCCUACAAAUCAAUCUCAGCAAUCAUGACGAAAUUUUUGUUGAACAAUCACUCAGAAGAUCAAUGAUAGACUUGAGUGAGCUUAUAAAGUGUAUAAGUGCUCCUACAGUUGUCUGGAGAAGAACGGGUGAAAUUCUGCUCGUUGGCGAUGAAUUUCAGUAUAUUGUUGGAUAUGACAGGGAUAGCUUAAUAAACACAUCUACUUACAUUUACCAACUAAUGGAACCUAUAUCAGCAGUUGAAUAUUGGCAACUCUUCGCUAAACACGCCUUCGAUUCUGCCAAACCAACAGUAAACACCUAUUGCAUUUUAAAUCAUCAAAACGGUAAUCCCAUUCCUUGCACUUUCUCAUUCACCAUAAAAAAGGAUAUAUUUGACAUACCCUCCUACAUCAUUGGGACGUGGUUGCCAAUUCUGCCCACUGAACCCGAUGACGACAAUGACGACAUUGAACAAGACCUAAGCUACGACAGCUACGACAACCAAGACAAGCUCUACGAUGAUUCAGUAUCGUUGCAACCCAAAAAGGAAUAUAGUGAUACCUCUAAUCAGUCACCGUAUUUCAAUCCAACAUUGAGCAUGAGCAUGUCAACCUGA